GUGAGUAUACGUUGCAAGAUGAAAUCUUUCAUUAAUUAAUUACAAAAUAUCAUUUUGUUUAGAAUUUCUGAAGCUACACUAUAUUAUAAAGACACCAUAAACCGAUUUAGCAGCAAAUCACAACAAUCUGCAAAGAUCCAAGAAAUCCAUAAGAGAGAUGUCCUGUGCAGCUUUACUGGAUGGCAAUGCCCAGCCCAAGUCUAUGAGCCGAGCGAGGCAGUGGACGGAUAUAGUGGAGAAUCUCUACAGAUUUCAAGAGGCGGGAUACAGGGAUGAGCUGGAGUACAUGCAAAUUAAACAAGUGGAGAUUGACCGAUGGCCGGAGACAGGGUUCGUGAAGAAACUUCAGCGACGAGACAACACAUUUUAUUACUAUAGCAGAAAGCGGGAGUGUGAGGACAGAGAUGUGUACAAAGUCAAGGUGUACGUGUACUGACAUCCUUGACCUGCUCUGGCACUUCUUCUGUAUCUCAGUCUUUCCACUCUGUGAUUUUUAACGAAGACAGCAUUGCAUAGUUGAAUAAACUGAUGGAUAAACUAUAA